AUAAAUGGACAAAGUCAAGAGCCUCGAACCAAAAUUCAACGCAAGGACCUCAUCUGCUUUGAUCUUCAUCCUCGUUACCUUCCAGCUUCUUUACCAGAAAAAGAGAGAGAAGAAAAUGGGCAUCAACAUCGUGUCGACGGUGCUCUACUCAGCAGCACUCGUUCCCGUCGCUCUCUCCAUCGCCUUCGCUCUCCUGCUCCUGAAAACCUUCACUGGAAAGUCCCUCCGGAGCUCUAAGUAUCCACCCGUUCGUGGGACGGUCUUCGUUCAACUCGUCUACUUCAACCGGCUCUACGACUACCUGACUGGAGUCGCGAGGAGAUCUCCGACGUUCCGGCUCCUUGCACCGCACCAGAGUGAGAUGUACACAACCGAUCCAAGGAAUGUCGAGCACAUAUUGAAGACCAACUUCGAUAAGUACACGAAGGGAAAGUAUGACAUAGAUAUAAUGAAGGAUUUGUUCGGGCAGGGGAUUUUCGUGGUGGAUGGAGAGAAGUGGAAGAAGCAGAGGAAGGUCGCGAGCUUUGAGUUUGCGACGAAGGUGCUCAGAGAUUUUAGCUGUUGCGUGUUCAGGAAGAAUGCUGCAAAGCUGAUCAAGGUCGUGGAGGAGCUAUCGGCUGCUUCAGAGGGAUUCGAUAUGCAAGAUAUAUUGAUGAGGUGCACUUUGGAUUCCAUCUUCAAAGUUGGAUUCGGUGUGGAUUUGAAUUGCUUGGAAGGAUCAAGCAAAGAGGGAAGAGCCUUCAUGAAAGCUUUUGAUGAGGCAAAUGAACUAACCUACUGGCGAUAUAUUGAUCCCUCUUGGGAACUCAAAAGACUUCUCAGCAUUGGUUCAGAAGCUCGCCUUAGGAAUAACAUUAAACUCAUCGACAAUUUUGUGCAUCAACUUAUCAAGAUCAAGAGGAAUCAGCUUGCAGCGCAGCGAGAACAGAAUGACAAGGAGGAUAUUCUCUCGAGAUUUUUGCUCGAGUGUGAGAAAGAUCCCAAGAAUAUGAACGAGAAGUACUUGAGGGAUAUAAUUCUGAAUUUCAUGAUCGCGGGAAAAGAUACUAGUGCAAGUACCUUAUCAUGGUUCCUCUACAUGCUCUGUAAAAACCCCCUGGUGCAGCAAAAGAUUGUCGAUGAAAUAAAGGAAGUGACUGGAGAUCAGGCAAGUGAAGCUAACCCAGAUGAAUUCGUGGAAAGAAUUACUGAUCCGGUGCUUGGUCGAAUGCACUACCUUCAUGCCACACUCACAGAGACUUUGAGGCUGUAUCCUGCAGUCCCGCUGGAUGGAAGAUGUGCUGAGACAGAUGAUGUUCUCCCAGAUGGCUUCCACGUGAAAAAGGGGGACAACAUCAAUUACUUGGCUUACUCAAUGGGAAGAAUGCAUAACAUCUGGGGAGAAGAUGCCGAGGAUUUCAAACCUGAAAGAUGGUUGAAGGAUGGAAUUUUCCAAAAUGAAUCACCUUUCAAAUUUGUUGCAUUCCAUGCUGGUCCUAGGAUCUGCCUCGGGAAGGACUUCGCUUACCGCCAGAUGAAAAUAGUUUCAAUAGCUCUCCUUCGCUUCUUCCGUUUCAGAUUAGCUGACGAAACUAGACCUGUAACCUACAAGGUCAUGUUCACCCUUCACAUCGACAAUGGCUUACCUCUUCAUGCUGUGCCCAGAUUGGCUAAAUAAGGGCUGGACUAUCGUUGAGUAUGGUCCAUCGCGACAUAUGGAUUUCUAAUGUUGGAUGCUAGCAGUUUCCAGUGAUAAGUAAGCAUGUGCACCGCAUCAUCUUACCAUUGCAUUUAAUGAUUGGAAUAUUGAUGUGUUUUGCUUAUAUUCCAUAUGUAAUAUAAGUUCAUCAGGCUUUGUGAUAAUGCCAA